GUCAUUUCACACGCCAGAACUAGAAACGUCACUUCCUUUCCUAUGUGUCCACACUGGUACGUGGUUAAAAACAGCUAGGGCGCCACGUAUACAUUAUGCAAAGAUAGGUCUUUAUAAGAAAAGUCUUGUCAGGUCCCAGAUCUAUCGUAAUUUUAGCGUGUGUCUUUUUGAAUCGCUGAAGGGAGCAGCAUAUUUUUCCUUUGAAACAAACAAGGGGUGGAGACAGAAGUUUCCAACUUGAUCUGCAGAAGUUUAUAGCAGCAAACUUCUAACACAGAUAAAAAUGAGUGAAACAAACCAGCAACAGGAUGAGUUACCUGCAUACUUGAAAGAUGAGCCUCCAGCAGAUACCAACAAAGACCAUCCCCAACCCCAGCCUGGCAUGUUCUCUAGGGUGGCCGGUGGUCUGUUCAGUGUCACGAAGGGGGCCGUUGGGGCCACAGUGGGUGGAGUCGCCUGGGUUGGAGGGAAAAGCUUUGAUCUCACGAAAACUGCUGUUACCUCAGUUGCAUCUGUGCCAGCGAUGGGGGUGGGGCUCGUGAAGGGCAGCGUGUCUGCCGUGGCUGGUGGCGUGUCCGCCGUCGGCUCCGCCGUUGCCAGUAAAGUUCCCAUUGGCGGAGGCAAGAAGAAGGACAAGUCUGAUUGAAUCACAUGGCUCUAAGGUACUUUUGUCAGAAGCAUCUGCAUCGUGUCUUCUUUGACUCCUGAGAGAGUUGAUUGUGGAGUUCACACUUGUGUUACGAGCAUAUUUGGACCAUAUCCGUCUGCUUGACCGUACCAACAAAACGUCAUUCGCAAGCUGGGUGGCCUUCAUCUGCUCAAAGCAAGAACCUUUGUUUUUGUGUUCUUUUGGAAUAUGACAUUAAGUGUGUGUUGUAUUUAGAGUCAAACUGUUUAUCUCUGAACUAUGAAGUGUUACAUUUCUGACCAGAGAUGGAUAAGUGGAUCUCUAAAUGUUCUGUUUAUGCUUUACUGAGCACACAAAGGCACAUGCUUUGUGUCUGUUACCGUACAUGCAAAAAAAAUCACAUAUGUUUUAAACACACCUUACAGUUGAAUUGCCUCAAGCCGAUAGGAAUGAAGAUGAAGAUCAAUCAAGAGUCCCUCAAGGUGCUGUGGGGGAAAAUCACAGACUGUGGGGUGCUGAUGGUGGCGUCCAUCCAUCUGAUUGAGUGUUUGUGAGAUUACUUACUUUGUGCCUCUGGGGUCCACGUCGAUCCAUGCUGUCCUCUCGCACAACUCCAGCGAUCUCUCUCUCUGUGUCACCUGAAAAACACAGAAAUCACAAGCAUACACGCACACUCACACAUGACGAGCUCUUGUGUUUAGAUUUUGUCAAUCAACUCUGAAUGUUCAUGGAACUGCGGGGAAACAUGCAUGACAAUCUACAUCAAACAGAGUCUCUCUGUUUUGAUGACUGUAUUCCAAAACCCAGUGACAUUUUCUUUUUUCUUUUCCGUGUCAUUCUAUUAUUCACUGUCCUUUUUGCUUCUUUGUUCUGUUUGCUCUUUUUACUCUUUAAUGUGAAUUUUUUCUUUUCUUUUUUUUUUUAUGGGCCAACAAAGAACCACAUGAGGUGGCAAAGUGUAAUACAGUAUUUUCUUCUAUCAAGUAUUUGUUUUCCCUUUACCAAAGAUUACAAAAAGGAAAAAAAAAGUGUAUUUGAGGAUUUCUUUUGUGUUAACGUUGAUAUGCAGUAUACUUUAUGGUAUUCAGUGUACUCUCUCUUUUUAGAUAGAUAGUUAUCAAAUAUAUAGUAAUGUUUCUUUAUUGUUGUUUUGAGGCAAUCCAUAUUUCAAUGUAAUAAUGUGAAUUGAAAUAAAGAAAUAUCUCCGUU